AUCUCCAGGGUCGGCAGAGUGAAUUAGGCAUGGAGUAUGAUGACGGAGACUCCGGAGCUGGUAAAACUCAGGUUUGUGCUAGUUGUUCUUGCUAAAGAGAUGUUUUCAGUAUUUUUCACAUGCCAAAUAUUUGUGUUUGGAUUACUGCAAUCCCGGUAACAGGGGAAGUCUUGAGGCAUUUUCAUCUGUUGGGUUCUUGGAAACGGAUGUUUGUUUGGGUUCAACGGGCUGCUUACAAUUGAAGAUUACUACUCAUACAUCUUCCCAGUAUGAAUAUCUGCAUGCCUGUUACUUCCAUCAGUUUUUCCUAGAUGUUUUUUUUAUAAAAAGAAUCUCAAAUUUACAUGAAAUUUUUCUGGUUCAUAUAAGCAGUUUAACAAAUUAUGCCUUCUGAAUGCAGAAGUACCAUCCAACUAGAAUUAUAACUCUCACCUAUCAGCCCUUUGUUCUUGCCACAACCGCCAUAUUUACGUAUCAUGAGGCGAAGGUCAACACUAGGUUGCGGAACUUGGCAGGAUACAUGCUAUUCUUCUUGAGUUCAUUUGGAGUGAUUAUUCUGGAUGUCUUAUCUUCAGGAGGCGGUGGAAUUGUCCCAUUCGUUGGUGUAUGCAUUAUUGCCGCUGCUUUUGGCAUAGCAGAUGGUCAUGUGCAAGGUGGGAUGACUGGUGAUCUGUCUCUAAUGUGCCCGGAAUUCGUUCAGUCAUUCUUUGCUGGAAUAGCUGCAUCGGGUGCAAUAACUGCGGCACUGAGGUUCUUCACAAAGGCGGUUUUUGAGAAUUCCAGAGAUGGGCUUCGCAAAGGAGCUAUGUUAUUCUCCUCAAUAUCAUGCUUCUUUGAGCUGCUAUGCGUUCUACUUUAUGCUUUUGUAUUCCCUAAGUUGCCAAUUGUGAAAUUCUACCGUUCAAGAGCGGCGUCUGAGGGGUCCCUGACGGUCACUGCUGACCUAGCUGCUGGAGGCAUCAAAAGUCACUCAAAUCCAUUGGCUGAAGAAGCUCAUGCUGACACUGAACAAUUAAGCAAUAAGCAGUUGCUGCACCAGAAUAUGGACUAUGCUCUGGACAUCUUCUUGAUCUAUAUCCUGACACUAUCGAUUUUUCCCGGGUUUUUGGCUGAAGACACUGGGUCACAUAGUUUGGGUUCUUGGUAUGUGCUUGUCUUGAUCGCAAGCUUUAAUGUGUCCGACCUGAUCGGAAGAUACCUGCCUCUGAUUGAGCAAAUCAAGCUGACAUCCAGAAAGGGGCUACUACUCGCAGUCAUAUCAAGGUUCCUGCUCAUCCCUGCGUUCUACUUCACUGCGAAGUAUGGUGAUCAGGGCUGGAUGAUCAUGUUAACAUCGUUUCUUGGAUUGAGCAAUGGACAUCUCACUGUCUGCGUCCUCACUGAGGCUCCCAAAGGCUACAAGGGUCCAGAACAAAAUGCCUUAGGAAACCUGCUGGUGCUUUUCCUCUUGGCAGGUAUAUUUGUUGGCGCUGUUUCUGAUUGGUUGUGGCUCAUAGGCAAAGGAUGGUGAAGCCAAACUAUUUUUUUUCACGGGUCAACCACGCAAACAAGCAGAUCACAACUGAUAUCUCGUUUUAGUUGUUGACAGAAAAGUGUUUUCUUUUUCCAUCGCAAAUUAACAUGAAUGAGCCUAUUCACAUGGUAUGCACUUGUUACAGUA